UUGAUUUUAAGCAGAGGAAAAUUCACUUGAAAUGUUUUGAUUUUUCCCGGCUCAGUGUCAGUUGUAGUGUGAAAUUCGUUGCAACAAGUCCAGAAAGAUUCGGUUGGUUUUGGAGCGGAAAAUGCAAUUGGAAAAAUUCUCCAGCAAUAGAGAAGAUGAAGUUCUGCGAUUAGACGAGGAGUUAUCUCGGGUGCGCGAUCUUUAUAAAAAUUAUCUGAAAUUUGUUAGAGGAUUCGAAUUGUGUGCAAUGGAGGUGAAUAGAUUUUUGAACGUUAACGGAGUAUAUGUGCAAGUUCUACAAGAUACCGAAUCGGGCAAUGUCGCGAAUAUUAUGCGGAAUGCAGAAUGCAAGGACCAGAAUAUAGAAGUCAACAUCCUGAAAAAAUGUCCCGAAAGUGAUUCAUGCAAAAUAUUACUAACCAAGCGAGAUAUUCUGGAGAAAAUCAGAAGAAAGAUUUUCGAGCGGAAAAGACAGAAAAUGGGUCAAGUUGAUGUUGGUAAGAAAAACAAAGUUUGGAGGCCGUGGUUAGGAAGUAAAAGCAGUAAACGAUAACCAGCCAAAUGUUCCUAGAUUUAAGAUUUGUUAAUUCUGCAAUUUUUUUAUUAAUUUUUGUCUUAAUUUGUAAUAAAUUUUUACUGUACGUU